CGAACCUAAUGGCUAUGUGGCUUCGUGCUUGUCGCCUUGUCGAGUCUUGUUAAACACAUCACCAAUCUCCCGACGAAUCGUCCUUCGCAGAUCAAAGCAUAUCCAUUGCGUGGCUGAGAUUAGUUUGCAUUCUCAUUUCUCACCAUAUCAAGCCAUCAUCUAGUGCAAUACCGAUCUCUGUGCGACGCGCUCAAUCACGCGCCUCCGAAGGCGCUCGAUUUUGUUCCUUGAACAACAGUCACUCGUUCUAUCACCAUUAGAGACAGAAACACGAUGCGGACGUCACGCCUGUUGCUCUCAUUUGCGCUCGGUCUCCUCAGCGCCUCACAGGGCCACGCCGCCGACACCGACACCAAAACAACGACGACGGCAUCACCACCCGCAUGUACGGCCUACUCCCACACUUCAGGCGCCUUCUUCGACUUGCGGCCGGCCAUUGCCAGCAAACCAAGUGAAGGAAAGUCGAAGAAACACGGGGCGACCGAGGAUUAUCAUGUUCGAGGCUACGAUUAUGGGCGUAACUUUACACUCAACAUAUGCGGAUCCGUUUUAGACCCCGUCGAAGAUGUAGUCGGACUCGGCAAGGCGGAAUGGAAGAACGUCAGCGCCUACUACACAUACAAGGGCGAGAUCUACUCAAUAGGGCAGCAAUCAUUUGACCUCCAAAGUCACGGCCGCAUGGUUGUCCUGCAAUACACCGACGGUUCUCCUUGUGGCGGAUCCAAGUCGUCCAAGAGUCGCAACAGGACGAUUCGAGACACGUCCACCGAAAUCUCCUCCGUACCGGUUUCUGACGACAGCACUGACCGAAUGCGACACUAUGACACGUACAUCACUGACGACGAAGACGAUGAUAACCCAAACGACGAAGAUACGAACAAAAACGAGGCGAAGAAGGCCGACGACGACGAGGUUGACCACCAUCCCCGCCGCAAGUCGGCCACUCUGUCCUUCCAUUGCGAGCCGGAACACCUCGGCGGCCAGGCUGGCAUCUCCUUUGUGGCGGCCGACCCGGACGACUGCGCCUACUUCUUCGAGGUGCGGUCGCAGCACGCCUGCGCCCGGGCGGAACCCCACCAGCCAGGCAGCGUUGGCCCAGGGAGCGUCUUCGCCAUCAUCCUCGCCAUCACUGUACUCGUCUACUUCGGCGGCGGCAUCUUCUACCAGCGCACCGUGGCCCACGCCCGCGGCUGGCGCCAGCUCCCCAACUACACGCUGUGGGUCGGCAUUUGGAGCUUCAUCUGCGACAUGUUCAUCAUUGCCACAUCGUCGUGUGGUCGACUUAUUCCCAAAAGACGCGGAUAUCACCAUCUCGCCGGGUCGCCCCGUCGCGGCCGGAGUAGGGAAGACGAGAACCGUUUGAUUGAUCAGCUGGACGAGGAGUGGGACGACUAGAUUUGGGCACAUAAUAGAAUCGGAUUUGAUGCAUAUGAUAGAAUGACAUAUCGGCCUCUUGGUCUGGAAAUAUAACGAACAUCGCGU